AUGCAUCAACAAGGUACAUCAAACCACUCACGACUGCUAACAUCUUCCAAGUUGCCAAUGGCUUCUCCUCUCAGUUCCGAUAUGAGCUUCUCAUCGGGGCAACAACUACAACACUUGCAACCUUCCCCAAUACGACCUCCUCAACAACAACAACACAUAGUAUCUCCUUCAUCAUCAUUUCAAGGUUUAGGAGGCAAGCCUUUAUUGAAUCCGAUUGGUACAUCAUCGUUGGGUCUCUCUCCCUCCUCUUCCCUCUCUUCCUCUCAUCAUCCGUUACAUUUCCAUGGCAAUGGUGUCAAUAACCAAAACAAUAAUCAAGCACUUUCAUUGGAAGGUAAACACAACACUCCAUCAUCGUUUGGUAAAUUUAUUAAUUUCUCUCAAUUAUCAACAAAGAAGCAACUGACUAACAGUAAUACCUCGAGCCUUAAUAAUAGCUUGGCCAAUUUCAACAACGAUCGAUACAACCACAACAGCAACAUAUUUGAAGAUUCAGCAAGUCGGAUGAGCAAUCAAACACCAGAGUUAUUCUCAAGUCAUCACGACGAUGAAGAUCACCAUAGCGAAGAUAAUGACGAUCAUCACUCAAUCUACGACCAUCACAGCGUAGUGAGUCCAAAAGCAUCUUCAACUACUGGUUCAGCAGUGAAAUCAAAAUUAAAAUUCUCUGAAUUGGGUUCCAAGAUUUCUGCCAUUGAUGAAUCCAUGAUGCAACAGGAAAAGGUGAGAAAAAAACGACAACAACAAAUGCAAGGGCUCGAACAGAAAAUUGAGCUCACUAACAGUAAUCUCUCACAGGUUGAGAACAGAACAAUGUCACUGGAAGCAGCUCUAGAAAAAAUAGAGACUCUCUUUUAUCAAGAGCAAGGUGUGAGAAAUUUAUCUGAAAAGAACAUCAUUUCGUUGAUGGAAGAAAAAUUUAAUCAACUUGCCAUCAAAAUCAACCAAGAGCGUGAGCAGCGCAUACUGGAAGAUGAAUCGAAUAGGAAACGUAUCAAAGCUUUGGAGGAAGGGGUGACAGCCAUAAAUCUGUCACUAGAUAGCUUGUCACAAGAGCUUUCAUCACAAAACUCUCAAUUAUCUCUUUUGGCUGCCAAUUUCAACAGCUUCACAAAUCAAUACAAGCAGGACCGAAAACAACUAAUAGAUCAAAGACAACUCGAAUCAAAAGAAAUACAAUUACAAUUUGGAGACGUCAAGCAAAAGAUCGCCAACAUGGAGAGCGAAAUGCACAAACAAGAUACCUUCAUAAUGAAUCAACUGAAUGCCAAUGUUCAUGACUUGUCACAAGAAUUGUCUCGAUUACGAGCCGAGGUUGAUAACAAGACGAAAACCUCUGUGGAACCAAUGAUGGCUCAAAUCCAACAGUUAUUCUCCACACUCGAAUCCAACAAGACACAAUUCACAUUACAGAUUGGAACUUUGCAACAACAGCUAGCCUCACAAAAAUCUGAAAUAUUGUCUGAAUACAUGAACCCUAAAUUUGAAAGGGUGGAAAAAGCAAUCCUCCUCAAUGACAAGACACAAACCAAACAUGUGUUUGACCUGAAAGCUGAUGUUGAAAAGAAAAACGAAAUGCUGGAAAGUGCCAUUACGAAACUGAAAGAAAUGUUAACACAUGAAGAGUCGCAACGCCUCGAAAGUGAAAACAACCUUCUCCAAUUGUUGAGUAAGACCAUGAAACGAAUUCAAAACGGUAUUGAGAGCACGACAUCCGACACUGUGUUUACACCAUCCUUUUAA